GCUCUAUAGAGAGAGAAAGAGUUGUGUUUUUUUAGAGAGAGAAGAAGGUGUUUUUUUUUUUCUUUCUUUGUUUUCCUUCUUCCAUUGUUUGUUUGACAAAACCUUGGAAUAAACCAUCUUGUUUUCUUCUUGUAGCUGACAAAUAAAAACACCCAAAAUCUCAUCAGAUGAAUCCAAACAUCAUGAUAUGAAAAAACACCACAAACAGACAUUUCUCUCUCUAAAAAUAAUGGCAUCUCCUUCCAAAAUCUCUUCUUCUGUCAUUUUCUCUCUUCUUUCUUUCAUCCUUCUCUUCUCUCCUCAUUUCCCCGUCGCCGCCAAUUCCUCUCCGGCGAAUCAAACUUUCCGGCCAGACAAACAACUGAAACAAAUCAAAGGUUAUCUCAAGAAAAUCAACAAGCCUUCCCUCAAAACCAUCCAGAGCCCAGAUGGGGAUUUGAUUGAUUGUGUUCCUUAUCAUCUUCAACCAGCAUUUGAUCAUCCUCUACUCAAAGGACAGAAACCAUUUGUAAAUCGGUUGCAGGAGGAAGUAAAAAGACCAGGAGCAAGUUCAAAUUCAACCAUGGAGGUUUUUCAUCAGCUGUGGACACAUUCCGGCGAGUCUUGCCCGGAGGGAACUGUUCCGAUCAGAAGAACAAGUGAAGGUGAUGUUUUGAGAGCAAGUUCGGUAAGAAGAUUUGGAAAGAAAUUGCCAAGAACUGUUAGAAGGGACACAAUGAGUACUGGCCAUGAGCAUGCGGUUGCAUUUGUGAAUGGUGAUCAAUAUUAUGGUGCAAAAGCUAGUAUAAAUGUUUGGUCUCCCAAAGUUACUGAUGAGUUUGAAUUCAGCCUUUCACAAUUAUGGGUAAUUUCCGGUUCCUUUGGCGAGGAUCUCAACACUAUCGAAGCUGGCUGGCAGGUUAGUCCAGAAUUAUAUGGUGACAAUUACCCUAGGUUCUUUACUUAUUGGACGACAGAUGCAUAUCAAGCCACUGGUUGCUAUAAUUUACUAUGUUCAGGAUUUAUUCAAACUAAUAAUAAAAUAGCUAUUGGAGCUGCAAUAUCUCCAAGAUCAUCAUUCAAUGGCAAGCAAUUUGAUAUUGGAGUAAUGGUUUGGAAGGAUCCAAAACAUGGACAUUGGUGGUUGGAAUUUGGGUCGGGUUUAUUAGUUGGUUACUGGCCCGAUGUUUUGUUUAGUCACCUUAGAAGCCAUGCAAGUAUGGUUCAAUUUGGCGGAGAGAUUGUGAACAGAAGAUCAUCGAAUGGCGGUUCUCAUACUUCGACAGAAAUGGGAAGUGGGCAUUUUGGAGACGAAGGGUUUGGAAAGGCGUCUUAUUUCAGAAAUUUGCAGGUUGUGGAUUGGGAUAAUAAUCUUCUUCCAUUAUCUAAUAUUCAUCUUUUGGCUGAUCAUCCUAAUUGCUAUGAUAUCAAAGCUGGAAAGAAUAAUGUAUGGGGAAAUUAUUUCUAUUAUGGAGGACCAGGAAAAAAUGUUAAUUGCCCUUAGCUAGAGACAUAUAUAUAUUUUUUUUUAUUUUUUUUAAACCCUAAAAAAAUUAAAUGACUUCUAGC